ACAAUUAGAGAGAGAUAGAGAUAAAAAUGUGAAGGAGAUAAUUGGAGAGAAUAGAUUGAAGGAGAGGAUCCAGGUCCUAUAUAGAUAUAGAUGAAAUUGAAUAUUUUACCGUGAAAAAAAAAAAGAAAACUAGUCGGCUACGCCUAUUGUAGGAGACACACGACGGUGACACCUCGGCCUCAAUGAAACCUCACCUUAGAAUAAGAUCAACAGUUGAACAAGGCAUAAAUGUCUUCAACCAAAAUCAGAAAAUCAUUCAUUUAGGAAAACAAGGAAAAGUUGAAGAAGCCAGAAGAGUAUUCUCAAAUGUCCUCAACAAAAACCAUGCCACAUACAAUUCCAUGAUAACCGUGUUUGCGAAAAAUGGCAGAGUUAGUGAUGCACAACAGCUGUUUGAUAAAAUGUCUCACAGAAACAUUAUUUCAUGGAACACCAUGAUUGCUGGGUAUCUUCAUAACAACAUGGUUGAAGAAGCCAGUAAGUUGUUUGAUGUAAUGCCUGAGAGGGAUAAUUUUUCGUGGGCUCUGAUGAUUACUUGCUAUACGCGUAAAGGGAAGCUUGAAAAGGCUAGAGAGUUGCUUGAGUUGGUUCCUGAUAAGUUGGAUACUGCUUGUUGGAAUGCGAUGAUUGCUGGUUAUGCAAAGAAGGGUCAGUUUAGUGAUGCUGAGAAAGUUUUUGAAGAGAUGCCGGUAAAGGAUUUGGUUUCUUAUAACUCUAUGUUAGCUGGAUAUACGCAGAAUGGGAAAAUGGGGUUAGCAAUGCAGUUUUUCGAGAGGAUGGUUGAGAGGAAUGUGGUUUCGUGGAAUUUGAUGGUGGCGGGGUUUGUUAAUAGUUGUGACUUGAGUUCUGCUUGGGAGUUUUUUGAAAAGAUUCCAGAUCCUAAUGCUGUUUCUUGGGUUACAAUGUUGUGUGGGUUUGCUAGACACGGAAAGAUUUUAGAGGCUAGGAAACUCUUUGACCGAAUGCCUUGUAAGAAUGUGGUUUCUUGGAAUGCUAUGAUUGCAGCCUAUGUCCAAGACUUACAAAUUGAUGAAGCUGUUAAGCUGUUCAAAGAAAUGCCGUAUAAAGAUUGUGUAUCAUGGACUACAAUAAUUAAUGGGUAUGUUCGGGUUGGUAAGCUUGAUGAAGCACACGAAGUUUACAAUCAGAUGCCUUACAAAGACAUAGCGGCGAAAACAGCGUUGAUGUCGGGAUUAAUACAGAAUGGAAGGAUAGACGAGGCUAGUCAAGUUUUCAGUCAACUCGGUAAACGUGAUGCUAUUUGUUGGAACAGCAUGAUUGCAGGCUAUUGCCAGAGUGGAAGAGUGGGUGAAGCUUUCAAUCUACUUAGACAAAUGCCUAUUAAGAAUGCUGUUUCGUGGAAUACUAUGAUUUCUGGAUAUGCUCAGGUAGGACAGAUGGAUAGAGCAGUAGAGAUCUUUGAGGCUAUGGGGGAGAGGAAUAUUGUUUCCUGGAAUUCUCUUAUUGCAGGUUUUCUUCAAAAUAGUUUAUACUUGGAUGCUCUUAAGAGUUUAGUUUUGAUGGGACAGGAAGGAAAAAAACCUGAUCAAUCAACUUUUGCAUGUUCGUUAAGUGCAUGUGCUAAUCUUGCUGCUUCACAAGUAGGCAAACAACUUCAUGAAUACAUCUUGAAAAGUGGCUAUAUAAACGAUUUGUUUGUUAGCAAUGCUCUGAUUGCCAUGUAUGCAAAAUGCGGAAGAGUAGAAAGUGCAGAACAAGUGUUUAAGGAUAUUGAUUGUGUUGAUCUUAUUUCUUGGAAUUCCUUGAUUUCGGGCUAUGCUUUGAAUGGAUAUGCAAAUGAGGCAUUUUGGGCCUUUGAACAGAUGUUAUCCGAAGGGAUGGUUCCUGAUGAGGUUACCUUUAUUGGGAUGUUGUCAGCUUGCAGUCAUGCUGGUUUAGCCAAUCAGGGUUUGGAUUUAUUUAAAUGCAUGAUUGAAGAUUUCACUAUUGAACCUUUGGCUGAACAUUACAGCUGCCUAGUUGACUUGCUUGGCCGCAUGGGUAGGUUAGAGGAAGCGUUCGACAUAGUGAGAGGGAUGAAAGUGAAAGCAAAUGCUGGAUUAUGGGGUUCAUUGCUCGCAGCUUGUCGUGUACACAAGAAGAUGGAACUUGGUGAAAUUGCAGCUGUUAGGCUUUUAGAACUCGAACCGCAUAAUGCCUCUAAUUAUAUUACUUUGUCAAACAUGCAUGCUGAGGCUGGCAGGUGGGAAGAGGUUGAAAGAUUAAGGGUGCUAAUGAGGGAGAGAAGAGCUGGAAAGCUACCUGGCUGCAGUUGGAUUGAAGUACAAAAUCAGAUACAAAAUUUUGUCUCGGACGAUCCAGGGAAGCUGAGAACUGAAAAUAUUAAGAUUAUAUUGAAUACUUUAUCUACACACAUGAGAGUCAAGUGUAACAUAUCCGACAUGAAAUCAGUUUUUGACAUAUUAUGAUCGGGGAGAUACUCUCAAUCUGGUCUCAUCGUCUUUGCUUUAGAAUAACAUUGAAAAGGUUAAUUCAAAUACUUUUAAAUGUUAUUAUAGUGUUACAAUAGAUGAGCAUAUAUCAACGGUUGGUUGCUUGACGUUCACAUGUUGUCCAUGUGACCUACAAGUUCAUAUCUCUGAUACUACACAUAUAUACCAACUGGACAUGUUGUCCAUGUGACCUACAAGUUCAUAUCUCUGAUACUACACAUAUAUACCAACUGGUUUGACUUACUGAUUCUUGAUAGAAGAAAGACAAAUGACCCUUUCUCUCAGAUUUUGUGGCUAAUAAAUUCAUAAACCAAAAAUUAGUGUCCAUGAAGAAUUUAUAUGCAGAUCUUUGAAAGUGCUUUGCGAUCAAUCAGUGGACGAGGAUAUUGGACCAAGGAGUCCUAGGGGCAUUACCUUAGAAGCCUUUUUUGGGUUUGAGUUGGUGUAAUCUCCUUGUUGGAUGAAUUUUAUGUUGCACAAACAAUUUCUGUCAUUUGAUGUGGUUGGUUGCUGCAGUAUUAUGUGUUUGUAUUGCAGAGCUUGUUACUAAGUUGACUAAUGCAGCUGGCCAAGGUUCCAUUCUUAAUUGCCCUUUCCUCAAAAAUUUCAAAAUGGGCUUCACUAUGGACACAUCAUUGAUGCCUUUAAGGUUGCUUGUUAACAUUGUCUUUAAACUCUAAGACCAUUUACAAUGGUUUCAACACUCAACACCCACUUUUUCAACUCUCAACACUCCACAUCAUUUUCUCUCUCUUCCACCUAAUAACUCAACACUCAUUCAACUUUUACCUUCUCCAAUGGUUUUUCACUCAACACCCUACCCCACCACUUUUUAUUUUCAUAUUCUUAUUUAAAUUUUAUUUUUAUUUUUAUAAUUACAUAAAAUUACAAUUAUCGAUUAAAAUUAAAUUAAAAUAAUAAAUACUUAACAAUUUAUUUUUUAAUUUUUUUGUAAUAAAAAUAAAAUUUAUUUAAAUAAUUGGAUACGAUACAAAUCA